AUGGGUGUGAUGGUGUGCUGGUCCCAGUGCAUGUACAUGAUUGUCUCCUCCCUCAUCUGGUUUAUUGCGGUUAAAGCCAGCGACCCCCGGGAUGAACGGCUGCAGAAAGGGCUCUUGAUAUUUGGUGUGAUGUUCUCUGUGCUGCUGCAGGAGGCCUUCCGCUUCCUUUACUACAAGCUCCUCAGGAAGGCCAUCGAGGGGCUGGUGGCCCUCAGUGAGGACGGCUGCUCCCCCAUUUCCAUCCAGCAAAUGGCAUAUGUGGCUGGCGUGGGCUUUGGUCUCAUGAGUGGCGCCUUCUCCAUGAUCAAUCUGCUGGCUGAUGCAUUAGGGCCUGGCACUGUGGGCAUCCAUGGGGAUUCACAGCUGUACUUCCUGACCUCAGCUUUUAUGACCAUGGUGCUGAUUUUCCUUCACACCUUCUGGGGGAUCCUCUUCUUCCACGGCUGUGAGCAUCAGCGCUGGUGGGAGAUAAUGGCGGUCGUUGUCAUGCACCUUGCUGUUUCAGGGUCGUCGUUCUGCAACCCCCUAUACGUGGGCAGCCUUGUGCCCUCCUACCUGCUGAUGGCUGCUGCCGCUGCCUGGGCUUACCUAGUGUCGGGGGGAUCUGCGCAGAACCUGCGUCGCUUCCUGCUCUGUUUACGGAGCGGAGCCAGCCCCCAGCCAGGAUCCUGA